GCAAUCUAACCUCAUUUCUGACAAAUCCGUGACCAUUCCGUGACGUUUUCCAUCCAGGAACUAUGGAUAAUCAACAAUUUCAUUCCCGAAUGUAGUUCCUUUAUCCAUUUGAGUCCUAGCAGUGGGUGUAAUGUUCCUUGUCAGACCUACAUUGAGUGGAGAUUAAUUACAUUUAUUGGGCAAUGUAUGUUCUUUGUUGAUUCGCCUACAGAACAUAUCGCUGUUUCUGUGCAACUGGAUACAGAUCGUAAAUAAUCCAGUUUAUUUCGGUCGCUGGUUAGUGCAUUUGACAAAUACUACCGCUGUCUGGACGGACAGGGACGGAAAGAAAUAAAAAUAAGUCGUUUCAUAACAAAUAACAAUUAGUUCCCAGUGAUGUUUAUAUGGAAUAAAGGGAUCUCAACGGUGAUUUAGAGUAAGGGGGAACCGCAUUCGGGUGCUAGUGAGCUUCCUGUGUUGCUGCAAUAAGAAUCACGAUGUGCAGUUACGAAAAUACUUAAUGCCGUCCAUUAGAGCCGCUACUUAAAUCGCAACGAAUUAUGGAAGACGAAUUAGACGACCGAAUUAUUUACCAAACCUACAUUUCUCAUGUUAAACUGAUCACCCGAAUAGCAUGGAGUGUACCUUUGAAAGUAUCGCACAUAACUCAAAGUAAUAUCUCAUACAUAUCGUACGUGUGGAGAAUGCUUAGAAUGUAUAUCUUAAGGCCCGAGUUUAUCAUCUGCGGAACAAUGCUUUUUCUUCUUUUUUUCUAUAUGCAAGCGCUUGACCUAUGGAGUCGUAAUUUGUUAGGGAGACUGCAGUACACGAUUAGUCGGCCGAGGAUGAAAGUCGACAAGUUGGGCAUGUUUGCAGUCGGCGAUGUGGAAAAGCAAAGUUGGGAGAUGAAAGUGGGCCCGAUAGCCGCCUAUGCUAUACAGGGGCGAAGGCCCAAGAUGGAAGACCGUUUUGUCAUCAACGACAACAUAAAUAACACCGGAGUGGCUCUUUUUGCGGUUUUCGAUGGACACGGGGGCGAAUUCGCCGCCAACUAUGCCAAAGAGAAACUAAUCCACAAUUUAUCCAGCAAAGUAGUCCAGAUCAAGAACUUGAUAGCUGGAAAACCUGCCGACCCCGAAUACAGCGGUGAUAAGCAGGAGGAGGAGAAGAAAGACCCGGAGAAACCCACCACGCCCAUUACAACUGGGGAGAGAAGAAAAAGCUUUAAAAGAACCAGCUCGACCACCGAUGAAUGCAUCAAAGGAGUGAAGGAAAUCACCGACAAUGAACUCCUGAGCAAGCUGGAUAACAUGAAGCCGAUUACUAGAGACGCCAGGCCUUUGAAGUUAACACCCAGCAUGAAGAAAGUUCCAAUAACAUCGUACUUUGAUAAGUUUGGAACCGUCAACUACGAAAAGCUGGUGACCGAUGAGGUUCUAGCCGCCGAUGAGCGUCUAGUUGAAGUGGCCAAAAAGUCGCUAGACGUGGCCGGAACCACUGCGCUCAUAGCUUUACUGGAAGAUCAUAAACUAAUAGUGGCUAACGUUGGAGACUCACGCGGCGUAAUGUGUGAUAGUCGUGGCAAUGCUAUUCCAUUGUCGUUCGACCACAAACCGCAACAGAUGCGGGAGAGAAAACGGAUCAAAGAAGCGGGAGGAUUCGUGACUUUCAACGGAGUCUGGCGAGUUGCGGGCAUUCUGGCCACUUCGAGGGCGCUGGGCGAUUAUCCGCUUAAAGACAAGAAGUUAGUCAUUGCAAAUCCGGACGUGUUAACAUUCGACCUGAAGGACCACAAGCCCAAGUUCCUCAUCCUGGCAUCGGACGGUUUAUGGGACAUCUUCUCGAACGAGGAUGCUAUUAACUUCAUCAAGCAACGCCUUAGUGAACCGGACUAUGGUGCCAAAAGCAUAACGCUGCAGUCCUACUACAGAGGCAGCAUGGAUAAUAUUACAGUGAUUGUCAUCAAUUUUACCGACAAUUCCUUUGGUUUUUAUAGUAGUAAGAAAUAAAUUUGUUAUUGCGAU